AUGCCUCGGAGAACAUUACAGCCCAUACCUCGGUCACUUGCGUCCAACAGAGACUCCACGUUUAGGCGGCAGAACGUCCUUUUUGACCAAGGGGUCUGGGAGCGCUUGGAUCAAGUCCAGGAACUCGGUACGGAGACCGAGGGACAUGGAGGCUGUGUGAAUGCCCUCAGCUGGUCCGAUGAUGGCUCGACCCUCCUCUCCGGCUCAGAUGACAGGCGAAUCUGUAUCUGGGGCCCAGACACCAACUCUUCCGCCUCUUCAAUUUCAAGCCCUCAUCCUCUGAAGCUCAUCGAGACGAUCGCCACCGGUCAUCGCGCCAACAUCUUCUCGGCAAGAUACCUCCCCAACACAUCGACACCAACGAUCGUCACCUGCGCAGGGGACAAGCAGGUCCGGGUGUUCGAUGUGGAACGGCUGUCGAGGCAUGAGACCGGUGUAGCUGGCGGAAGCACUGAUCUUUAUGGCGUUACUGGACCGGGAGUCACGGUCCUGCGAUGCCAUCACGAUCGGACCAAACGGAUCGCCACGGAGAACUCGCCUUUCCUCUUCCUUACCGUAUCGGAAGAUGGUACGGUCCGGCAACAUGACCUUCGCCGACCACAUCAGUGCAAGUCGGAGUGUCCAGAACCGCUCUUUCACGCGCCGAGGGGGGUGGACUUGUACUCGCUCAGCGUCAGUACGGUUACGCCUCAUAUCUUCGCGGUCGCAGGUCGGACUGAUUGUGCGUUUAUCUGCGAUCGUCGUAUGCCCGAACAUCACUCCCCUUCAUGGGGCAACAACAUGAAGUCCUCUGGUCAAGUACAUUGCGUCCGCCGACUGGGAUUACCAAAUUACGAGUGGGAGUCAGUCGAGCGGACUCCAGAGGGGAGGAUGAGGCGGCAAGAUAGGCAUAUUACCUGCGUCAAGAUGAGUCAGGACAAGGCGGAUGAAGUGAUCUGUGCGUUCGCCGGCCAUUCGACCGCUCUGUUCUCGAUACACGACGACCCCUCUUCCACUUGCGCACGAGUGCCGUCUCCAUCUCCUAUCGCUACCAGCUCCAGACCGAAAGUCUCGGGUCAUACCGCUGCGGAUUUUCUGCGCACGCCGCUGUCCCUCCCGCCGCCAAGCAUGCCGACUAUCGCUGAAGCUGGACCUUCCAGGCUGCCUGCGACCGCUGCACAGAGCUCGUCUAGCAGUCCGAGCAGGCGGAGACAGAGGAGCGCAUCUUCAGAUCCCGAGGAUGGGUCAGGGAGGUCAAGCAGGCUCAGAUUGGGGGGCGACGAAGAGGACGAUCGGCGAGAGAUGGCCAUGGAGGCGGACAGUGAGUAUCCCAUCACAGACGACAGCUGUAAGAGAGCUGAUUCCCAGACACGGACGACGAGCUUCAGCGGCUCAUGGCUGGCUUCCAUGACAACACGGCAAGUGAUCCACCCGAUGUAUGUGACAGGCGGACGCGGUCCCGAAUAUCUCGACCUGGAUAUGCCGAUGGAUGACGACUCUGACGACGUGAGCGAAGACGAUGACGAUGAAGACGACGAUAUGGACGAGGGUGUAGACGAGGAAGACGAAGAUGAAUACGGCGGGAUGGACGUGGACCCCUUGAGCGAUACGGGCGAGUUUGGGGAUGUGGAGAAGAUUAUGCCGAGGCGCUGCUACAAGGGAGCGAGAAACGUCAGGACCGUCAAAGACUGUGAUUCAGGCAACUUCCUCGGUGCCAUGUCGGACAAGGUGGCUUCUGGGAGCGAUGACGGGAACUUUUUCGUUUGGGACAAGAUCAGCGGUAGGCUGGAGGGGAUCUGGGAGGGAGAUGGGGAUACGGUGAAUGUCAGCGGUAUCGACAAUACUAUCAAGAUGUUUGGUCCAUUAUCCACUCCACUCCCGGCCACCAGGUCCAUGAUCCGGACUUCCGACCAGGACGCCAUCGUCCAGAGAAACCUCGAGCCGCGGCGCGCCGCUCAACCUAUGUAUAGCGCCGCGAUGUUGCAGACGCUGGCGAAUAGCGGGAUCAUGUUCCGGCAUCGCGGAGGCGCAGACGCUGAGGAGGAAGGUGCGCCCCAGUGCGCGACGCAGUAA